GCCAUUGUCAAAGAAAAUAGUCUCUCUCUCUCUCUCUCUCUCUCUCUCCUCCGAGUAAUUUUGUUAUCCAUUUUCCUUUUGCCAAAGCUUUUAGUAGCAGCAACCAACCAAAGCAACUGCAUUACCAUUGCUAUUACCAAACCUCCCUUUGAAUCCAAGUUUUAAGUCCACAACUCUCUGGGGUAGUGGUAUCUUUCAUCUUCCAGAUUUUGCUUAGUUUGGUCACUGAUUUGCUCCGUAUUUUUGGUGGGUAGUUGCCAAAAUCUUGGAUUUGAGACUUGGAAUUAUUUGCUUCGAGAAAUUCACAUCCUUUUCGUAUCUGGGUAGCAUUUCUUUUUCUACUUUGUUGGGUGGUAAGUACAUUUUUACAGUAUUAGUAAGGCUUUAUUCUCUCAUAAAGUUUGAAGCUUUAGGCCAUUUGGGGUUUCUUUUUCCUUGGGUUUUGAGUGAUGGGUAGAUAACCUCUUCUGGGUUGUGUUUUUCUUGAGAAACUAGGAGAAAAAUGAGAGGUUUUGCCUCCUUUCAGCUUCUGUGCUGCUUGUUAUCUGGGGUUCUUUUUGUGGGAGGUGAAUCUUUUGGUUCACAUGAAGUUUGGGCCCUUACAACGUUUAAGGAAGCGAUAUAUGAAGACCCGCAUCUGGUUUUGUCCAAUUGGAAUGCCUUGGAUGCCGAUCCUUGUGCCUGGUCUGGCAUCACAUGUUCUGUGGCUCGAGACCAUGUUAUAAAAAUUAAUAUUUCCAGUUCAUCAAUAAGGGGAUUUCUUGUACCAGACUUGGGUCAACUCAGCCUCUUGCAAGAACUAACUCUGCAUGGGAACAGGCUGCUUGGGAUAAUACCUAAAGAGUUGGGCUUGUUAAAAUACCUUACGGUCUUGGACUUGGGGGCGAAUGAACUCACUGGUCCAAUUCCUCCAGAGCUUGGGAAUUUAACCAGUGUUGUGAAAAUAAAUCUUCAGUCAAAUGGGUUGUCUGGUCGGCUACCUCCUGAACUUGGCAAUUUGGGACACCUUGAGGUACUUCGUUUAGAUAGGAAUAAGCUUCAAGGAACCGUUCCAGCCAAUGGAGAUACAGGACUCCCAUCUAACGUACAUGGAAUGUAUGCCUCAACUUCAAACAUAACAGGCCUCUGUCGAUCAUCUCAGUUAAAAGUUGCAGACUUUUCGUACAACUUCUUUGUUGGUAGCAUACCUGAGUGCUUGGAGUAUCUUCCCAGGACAAGUUUUCAAGGAAAUUGUCUCCAGAAACAGGAUCCCAAGCAGCGUCCUGCAGAACUAUGUGCUGGUGCGCCCCCUUCGAAAGGCCAUCCCGGAAGUAACCCACAGCAUAAACCUGCUAAAGAGGUCUCCAAACACCGGGAGGCUUCAAAACCUGCCUGGCUUUUGGCUCUGGAAAUAGUGACUGGAACCAUGGUGUGUUCGCUCUUUCUAGUUGCUGUUUUCACUGCUGUUCAGAAAUGCAAUAGCAAAUCAUCUAUCAUAAUUCCUUGGAAGAAAUCAUCAAGUGAAAAAGCCCAUAUCGCAGUCUACAUAGAUUCUGAGAUGUUGAAAGAUGUUGCCAGAUUCAGCAGACAAGAGCUAGAGGUUGCGUGUGAAGACUUUAGCAACAUUAUUGGUUCCUCACCUGACAGUUUGGUAUACAAAGGCAACAUAAAAGGUGGGCCUGAGAUUGCUGUGAUAUCCUUUUGCAUUAAGGAAGCGCAUUGGACGAGCUAUCUUGAACUCUAUUUUCAGCGAGAGGUGACAGAUUUGGCAAGAUUAAAUCAUGAAAAUGCAGCAAAAUUAUUGGGUUAUUGUAGCGAGAGCGCCCCUUUUACGAGGAUGCUGGUUUUUGAAUAUGCUUCAAAUGGGACACUGUAUGAGCACCUCCAUUUUGGAGAAGGAUGCCAGUUAAGUUGGACACGGCGCAUGAAAAUUAUUAUAGGCAUUGCUCAGGGACUCAAAUAUUUUCACUCGGAACUUGAGCCACCAUUUACCAUAUCGGAGUUGAAUUCUAGUGCUAUAUAUCUUACAGAACAUUUUUUACCCAAGCUGGUUGAUUUUGAAAGUUGGAAGACAAUUCUUGCGAGGUCAGAAAAGAACUCGGGCACUAUUAGCGGCCAAGGUGCUAUUUGUGUCCUUCCGAAUUCUAUGGAAGCACGCCACCUGGAUGUUAAGGGCAAUGUCUAUGCUUUCGGCAUUCUUUUACUUGAAAUAAUAAGUGGGAGGCCUCCAUUCUGCAAGGAUAAGGGGUGCUUGAUAGACUGGGCGAAAGACUAUCUUGAGCUGCCAGAUGUGAUGUCGUACGUUGUUGAUCCUGAACUGAAACAUUUCAGUUAUGAUGACCUCAAAGUUCUAUGCGAUGUGGUGAAUCUUUGCACCCAUCCGGACCCCACCAAGCGGCCUUCGAUGCAGGAACUAUGCACCAUGUUGGAGAGCAAAAUCGACACAUCAGUUUCGGCUGAGCUCAAGGCGUCUAAUCUGGCAUGGGCGGAGCUUGAACUGUCGUCAUAAAUGAGCCAAGUUAACAUACUGUAAAGAAAUGUACAACCGUAAUACUCGCCUUUUCGUUUUCUCAACGUACGUUUUGUUCCUUGUAAAUGUUUGUAACUGGAGAGGGAGCUUAAGGAUGCAUGAGCAGGACAAAAUCUCUUUGUAUACCAUUUUCUGAACAGUAAAGCCCCAGAUUAUAGUAAAACUAGAGUUGCUAAUCAAGUUUGUUCAA